GGAGCUAUUAAGGCCAUCGAGUCCCACCCCCAGGCAUCCUCACAGCUCUCAGCACCUUCAACACAGUACAAUUCCCGGGAUUCAUUGGGAGACGGUGUAAAGUGGAACAAUAGCGGAAUAAAUGUAUGGCGUGGCUGUGGCCUAAAACCCACCACGAACGCCCCGUUAUGGGCUCACCAAGAACAUGUUGCAAGAUACACUCGCAACAGUAAAACACCAGUUGUUUCAUGGACCCUCAGUAUAUCUCCCACAAGGAAAUAGACUGGCCUGGUUAGUUGUCGGCCGCUGCUCUCCUCGCCUCCUUCCCCCCUCCUCUCUCCGUCUCUCCCCGCGCAAUCCCAGACCCGCGGCCGGGGGAGGCCUGCCUGGGCGACUCACAUGAUCCCGCUGGAGCCCCUGAUCCCGCCUCGCUCCGCGCCCAGUGCGAGGCUGCAGUCAGGAUGCACGGAGGCUGCAGCCACCGGAGGAAGAGUCGCCUGCUGCUGCUGCUGCUGCUGCUGCUGCUGGCCGCGGCUCCUGCAGGAAAUCUCCCUGCUGCAGCUCCCCAGCAGCUCCACGAGGAUUCAGAAAAUAAAACCCAGUGCAUUGUCUCACUGUCAUCAGAAUUCCCAGAAGGGUUUUUCACUCAGCAGGAGCAAGAAGAUGGAGGCAUCAUUAUCUAUUUCCUAAUAAUUCUUUAUAUGUUUCUGGCUGUGUCCAUUGUGUGUGAUGAUUACUUCCUCCCUUCACUGGAGAUCAUCAGCGAAUCUCUUGGUCUCUCUCAGGAUGUUGCAGGAGCAACAUUCAUGGCAGCCGGCAGCUCUGCGCCUGAAUUAGUCACAGCCUUUCUCGGGGUAUUUGUCACUAAAGGAGACAUUGGAGUCAGCACCAUCCUUGGUUCUGCGAUCUACAAUGUUCUUGGUAUCUGUGCAGCUUGCGGGCUCUUAUCUACCAUGGUUUCAAGACUGUCUUGCUGGCCAUUAUUUAGAGACUGUUUAGCCUAUGCAGUUAGUGCAGCAGCAGUUCUGGCAAUGAUAAUAGACAACAAAGUUUACUGGUAUGAAUCUGCUUCCCUUCUGUUAAUAUAUGGAAUCUAUAUUUUGGUGCUCUGCUUUGACAUUAAAAUCAGUCAGUACAUCAUGAAGAAGUUUAGUUGUUGCUGUACCUGUUUCAUGGCGACCACAGAAGAGGCUGAACAACAGCCACUGAUUGGCUGGAAGGAAGAGACAGGACCCCUUGUUCGGCGACAGUCAAGAGCAGACAGCGGAAUUUUCCAUGAUGAUUCCAAUUACUCUCAACUUUCAAUAAGUUUACAUGGACUCCAUACGGUUUCUGAAGAUUCUCCAAGUGUGUUCUCCAUGCCUGAAACAGAUCUGAAAAGAGUUCUGUGGGUGCUGUCUCUACCAAUUAUUACUCUACUCUAUUUGACAACACCUGACUGCAGGAGACAGUUUUGGAAGAACUUGUUCAUGCUUACAUUUUUCAUGUCAGCAGUAUGGAUUUCUGCAUUUACAUACAUUCUUGUAUGGAUGGUAACAAUAGUGGGAGAAACUUUGCACAUUCCAGAAACUGUAAUGGGUCUUACAUUACUAGCCGCAGGAACAAGCAUACCAGAUACAGUUGCAAGUGUGCUGGUGACUAGGAAAGGACUAGGAGAUAUGGCAAUGUCAAACGUUGUAGGAUCCAAUAUAUUUGAUUUGUUGUGUUUGGGAUUACCAUGGUUUAUAAAGACAACCUUUGUAGACACAUCAGCUCCUAUGGAAGUAAACAGCAGCGGCUUGACUUAUACUGCCAUUUCACUUGUUUGCUCCAUUGCUUUUAUUUUUCUGGCCGUUCACCUUAAUGGAUGGAAGCUAGACAAAAAAUUGGGGGCAGUCUGCCUAGUGAUGUACUUAGCAUUUGUAGUAUUAUCAGUCCUAUAUGAACUUGGAGCCAUAGGAAACAUUCCUAUGACGAUGUGUGGGGACUAGGUUGGUUGUUGUUUUUAACACUGUAAUCAAGAAUAAAAAAAUAAAACAUACAUAAGGAAUGAA